AUGCUGCGACCGUGGAUCUGUCGCACUUGUCGACUGCAACAACGCCUGCACCGUCGCUCCAUCACGACUUCCGCUCCCCGACCAGCCUCUGCGUCCGCCACCCCUGUCCAUUCAUCGCCCUCCAAAGGCCCCGACGAUGAUAUCCUCCGUCGAGUCUUCGAUUCCCGGCCGUUUUGGCGCGACUUCUCCGCCUCCUCGUCCUUCUCUCCGAACCGAAAGCCGGCCGGUCUCGUUCAAAACCAGUACCUGACUAGUCCCGACGGAUUUCGCGCUUUUGCGCAGGUGUCGCUACAGAAAUGCCAGGCAAUAGUCACUCGGGUACUCACUGCAUCAACAGUCGAUGAAUAUCGGGGCCUAGUACGUCAGUUGGACCGACUGAGCGACCUGCUGUGUCGCGUCAUUGAUUUGUCCGACUUCAUCCGGGCCUCCCACCCGGAUCCGCCCGUCCAAGAGGCCGCGGGCCAAGCAUAUGCUCUGAUGUUCGAGUACAUGAACGUACUCAACACCACAACCGGCCUCCAUGAUCAGCUGCGCGCGGCGCUGGCCCAGCCAGAGGUCACGUCCCAUUGGUCCUCCGAAGAGACCAUUGUGGCCCGUAUCCUGCUCCAGGACUUUGCCAACUCCGCAAUCCAUAUGCCCCCCCAAGAGCGCCAGCGCUUCGUCAGUCUCUCCAACGACAUCAGCCAGCUUGGGUCGACGUUCGCUCAUAGUGGAGAGCCAGCACGCUCGCAUGUCGUUGUGCCCACAAACGAGCUUCGCGGUCUGGACCCCAUCCUGAUUAAGCAAAUCAAGCGAUGGAAUCCCCGUUCCGCCGCUGUUCCUACCGUCGGGUUGAUCCCGCGCCUAGCCCUACGUUCCGCUCACAGUGAGGAUGUCCGUCGCGAGAUAUACCAGGCUACACGCACUUCCAGCUCGCGCCAGGUUCAGCGCCUCGAACAGUUGCUGUCCAAACGCACAGAGCUAGCUCAGCUCGCAGGAUCUCCCACAUUCGCUCAUAUGACUCUCAAAGACAAGAUGGCCAGAAGCCCUGCUGCCGUAUCGGAAUUUCUGACCACCCUCAUAACUAGCAACCGUCCGGAUGUACAGGAAGAGCUAUCCCAGCUUCAGGCUCAAAAGGGGGGCCAGCUGCAGCCCUGGGACCACGCAUACUAUGUCCACCAACGAGUACAGCAGUAUGAGACUUCGCAGCAAAUUCGCAAGUCGCGCGAAUUGGCUAUCAUCCCUGAAUUUUUCUCUCUAGGAACAGUCAUGCAGGGGCUGUCGCGUUUGUUCGACCGUCUUUACGGCGUUCGUCUAGUUCCCCGUGAGACGGCACCAGGGGAGACUUGGACAACCGACGUCCGCCGCCUAGAUGUAGUGGACGAGGAGAGCCGGCCACUUGCCGUCAUAUAUUGCGACUUAUUUUCCCGCCCCAAUAAACAUCCCAACCCGGCCCACUUCACUUUGCGGUGCGCACGAGAAAUCACUCCGGAAGAGAUCGCGGAAUCCGCAUCGAUGGACGAUCCGGCGGUCGUCGCUCAUCCAAACGAUGGCAUGGCGACUACUAUUGACGCAGAAUCGCAAACACUUCGUCAGCUGCCAACCAUUGCUCUCGUGUGCGACUUCCCCGAGCCCUCGUCCUCUACACCGACACUUUUGAGUGAGCAUAGUGUGCGCACCCUUUUCCACGAGAUGGGACACGCACUACACUCUAUUUUAGGCCAGACCAAACUGCAGUCCAUAUCAGGAACGCGUUGCGCAACCGACUUCGCCGAACUGCCGUCGGUGCUGAUGGAGCGCUUCGCCACCGAUCCGUCCGUCCUCGCUCUGUACGCUCGCCACUGGCAAACCGACCAACCUUUAUCCGAGAACAUGGUCCAUCACAUGGCACAGAACCGAGCCGCCCACGGCGCAAUCUACGGCGCUGUGGAAAACGAAGCUCAGAUUCUAAUGGCACUCGUCGAUCAGGCCUACCACACAACCACCUCUGAAAACUCCUUCCUCGACACCACAAAACUCUACCAGCAAGUAUACUCAACACACGCCAGCCUGCCGGACCCCGUUGACCAGCAUGGUCGCCCCUCAACCUCAUGGCAGGGGUUCUUUGGACACUUGUACGGGUACGGCGCCACGUACUACAGCUAUAUCUUCGAUCGAGCAAUCGCCAAUAAAAUGUGGGAAGACGUGUUCGAGGGAGGUGCAGCUGCUGUUGACCGCUCCGCGGGUGAACGGUACAAGAACGAGGUUCUCCGUUGGGGCGGCGGGCGUAACGGCUGGGAAUGUGUUGCCGGUGUCCUGGGGGCGCACAACUCGUCCAACGCUAAUGGUCGUCUUGUUGAGGGAGGGGAUGAAGCAAUGCGUGAAGUCGGCCGGUGGGGACUCGGCCGUGAUGGAAUAUCAGGCUAA